AUGGUCCUGGGCACUCGUGUCCUUUCCCACUUGUCAUCAACCCCACAACAGGCUUCCCGCGUCAGGCAGCCCCUCCGCCCCUCCCGCCCUACUCCCCAUCCCCCCGCCCCGUGAGUCCACACUCGUGGGCUCCGCGGGGGCGGCAGUCCUCCAUAGGCGGCUGCUGGGCCUUCUGGCCAAUCCCCGUUCCGCGUGCACCGACGGCGCCGUCCCAGUGGCGGCAGAAGGAGCCGCCACAUGCCCUGGCAGGGGCCGCCCAAGAAGUCGUCCAGCAGCAGCAGCAGCAGCUGAAGUUGUGUCAGGAAGCCUGCGCGCUGGGGGUCGCUCUUCUCCUCAGGCGCCGCCCGCAGCCCUUCUCGUGGCGGUUCCCUCGCUGCCUAUUUUAGUCAAAGCCUCGGCUUGCCUCUCUCAGCGGCGGCGGCGGCGGCGGCAGCGCAGCCAGGCGCGCGGCGGGACGGGGCUGAGGAAGGGACGGGGGCGCGUCGCCGGCGUUGGCGGGCAAACUUGGUGGCAAGGUAAGGGGACGAGAGAGGGGGGGAAGGACGCGCGGAGGGAUUUUCCAGACGAGGGAAGGAAAGGCGAGGCGGCUCUCUGUGUGUGCGUGUCUUCGGGGUUCAUUGGCGCGGCUGCCGAGGGCGCUUCUCCAGAGAGACGAGGAGCCUCGCGCGCUGCUUCUUCGGUCCCCUCGGCGGAUGGGUCUCGCCUGCCAGCCCAGAGCUGUAAUGUGGGGAAGGCUGCUGAGGCGCGAGGCUCCCGGGAAGCCCCACCCUCUCAACUUGGCUCGCCCGAGUUCGCGCGCUGCUCUGGGACCGAGUCCCCUGGGAGGGUUUGCGGUCGCCGCCUUGAGCGCCUCAGGCGCCGGCUCCCCUUGAACUCCGCGAGGCGUCGAGCUCCUGCGUCCGACCUGCGAGAGAGCGGGCGGGCGGGCGCACUUGGAGGACGCCGGCACAGCUGCCCGCUCGGCCUUUUGCCCCGGAGCGGGAAGAGGCACUGAUCGGCCCCUUCCGUCUGCCGCGGGGAGAUAACAGAGCGAGGCAGUCCUGGAGCGAAGGGAAAGGAAGUGUAAGCACGGAGGGACGGCAGGGGAUAGCACGGAGCAGGCGUUACUUUGCAUGUCAUUCUAUUUAAGAAUAUUUUGAAGGGGAAACAAUUAAGAUUCAUGGGUGCCACUUCUGAGUUGACGCGGCAUCUUAAAUGGUCCCAAUCCGUAUUGCAGGGUUUAAUUUCUAAAAUGAGAAGUACUGGACCACAGGCCUUCCUUGAAAUGAUAAUUGGUGCGUGCUCAACAAGGCUGAAAUGGGGAGUUGGACUAUCAGGGUUUCCCAAACUUGGGUCUCCAGCAGUUUUUGGACUACAACUCCCAUGCUCCCUAGCUAGCAGGUCAGGGAUGGUGGGAACCGUGAUCCAAAAACUGCCGGAGACCCAAGUUUGGGAACCCCUGGACUAGAUGAUCUCGGAGAUCCCUUCCAAGUCUAGAACUAUGGUUCUGUCACACUAAUCUGACGAUUACAAAUUAGUGCACACCAAAAAUAGUCUUUGGGCAUUCCCAAAUCAUAACACUAAAAUUUCUGUGUACCUAGCCCAAGAUCCAAACUUCAGCCUUUUCGCACACACUUUUAUUCACUAAGACGUUUUCCUGCCACAGUUUAGAGAGGGCUUGCUGUGUUAAUUUGUUGCAGCAGGAACAACAGCCUUGCAGCACUUUUCAAAACUAACAUAAGCUUCAGUGGACUAGAUUCAACAAAGGUCUAGUGCAGUAAUACAUUUGUUAGUUUUUUAAAGUGCUACAAGACUUUUUUUGGAUUUUAUUCUUUUCUUGCCCUUCUUUGACAAAGCCAAGGAGGUUCACAUUAAAACAAAUAGAUUGCAUUGUGUUUUUGUUGAGCCAUGGCCUAGAUAAGACUCACUUGCAGCCAUGGGCCUAGCCAGGAUUUAUGUUAGGCGGGUCAGAACCAUCUGCAACAUGAUUGGUCAAUUAGUUAAGUAUUUUUAUUUAUUUACUUGAUUUGGAUGGCAGCUGUCCCCUGUCCCUCUCCUUGGCUUCACCCAUGCUUGCAGCCCAAUCUUAUGCCACUCUGAAGUACCGUAAGUCCCACAGAGUCCAAUAGGGACUUAGAAGGAAGGGCAUGGUCUGAAGGCAUAUGACAUGCAAUCAGCUGCCUGCAGCGGAGUUUCUCAGUGUGAGAUCACCUGGGAAACUCAUGCACACACUUGCUUGAGCUCUAUGAUGGAAGAAAGUCAGAAUAUAAAUGUAGCAAAUAAAUAAUAAGAAGCAUAGCCAUGUUUUCGUUUUGUAGGUUGGAAGCCAACCAUGAGGUAGAAAUACUUACUUAGUUACUGCAUUCAUAUCCCAUCCUUUUCUCAGAGGAGCACAAGAUAGAAUACAUGGUUCACCCCCUCCUUAAUCCCCACAGCAACCCUGCGAGAUAAGUUAGUGACUGACCCAAGAUCACCCAGUGAGCUUCAUGGCUGAGUAGAGAUCUGAACCCUAGUCUCCUGGUCUUCACCACUACACAACAGUGGCUAUAAUUAUUUGCCCCAUUGAUAUAAGGACUUGGGAUUUUCAAUUCAAUUCUAUGUAGAUCCGGUUCAGUUUUGUACACGGUUUAUUUACAGUGGGGACAGGGAAUCUGUGACCAUUCAGAAUUUUGUUACCUGCGAAUCCCAUCAUUGGCCAUGCUGGUUGGGGCUGAUGGGAGUUAACCACAGAUUCACCACUUCCUUCAGCAAGUGGGUACAAGUGGGUAACAAGAGACAGAAUAGCAUUAAAUGUUGCAGGGACACUGGAAACACUUGCCCAUUUUCCAGGGUAUGCAGAGUCUGGUUGUGGUCUAAUGAGAGAAAUGUACUCUUACAUAAGACCAGAGGCAUUCUUUGCAUCAUGAAUGGGUGUUGGCAGUGCAAAAGGUUAUUAAGUGUCAGUGAACAUGGAAAGCCUUUAAGGUAGGAUCCUAGCACAUAAUAAUAAUAAAUUUACUUUGUGUACCAACCUGCAUAGAGGGAUAAAACAAGUAUUUGUUUUUCUCCAAAAUGUAUGAACAGCUCUGAAGAUAUGUAACAUUGUAAAACUUGGCAGCAAAAUGAUACAUUUGAUGCACCAGUGCUUUUUACUUGUUUAUUUUUUCACUUGCCACAGUUUGCUUGCUCGUAGGUUAGAAAACAAAACAAAGCACACAUUCAGCAAGGGAGCCUUUAUAAUACUGAAUUCAGAUCCACUUGGUAAUGCUGUAAAGAUGUCUGUCACUAGAGAAACUUGGGGUGCCAGCAUUCUUGCGAUAAUGUUGAUGGGAUGGCAGUUGACUAGCAUAUGGAUUCCAGGAGAGGUGUAUGAUUUAUUUGGUUUAAUAGCAGAGGGGAAGCCAGCUCCUUGCAGAGGUUAUUUGCAAUGGCCAAAACAAAAUCAUAAAGUUUGGAUUAUUGCUUUAUGAUGUGACAGUGGUGCAUAUAACAUCUCCAGUCCAGCUGGAUUCUUUUCAGGAAAAAACGCUGUAUGAAUGGGUGUCACUAUCACAUCGAACUGAGAGAGCACAGGGCAGGGCAACUAUUUGCCAUUUGGCUCUGCAUUUCACUUGCUCCUUCUUGGGAAGCUGGAGCAGCACAAAGAUUUGAACUCAUCACUCCACAUUAAUAUCCAUCCUACAUUGUAUCCUUUCAGUUGUAGGAAAUAGGAUAUGCAAAUAGCUACAUUUCCUGUGGUACAUAUAUGUGCAUUGCAAGCCGUCCCUUAAGCCAAGAUCUAAGUCAUGGGUAGGCAAACUAAGGGCCAGGGGCCGGAUCCGGCCCAAUCGCCUUCUAAAUCUGGCCCAUGGACGGUCUGGGAAUCAGCAUGUUUUUACAUGAGUAGAAUGUGUCCUUUUAUUUAAAAUGCAUCUCUGGGUUAUUUGUGGGGCAUAGGAAUUCAUUCAUUUUUUCUUCUUCAAAAUAUAGUCUGGCCCCACACAAGGUUUGAGGGACUGUGGAAUGGCCCCCUGCUGGAAAAGUUUGCUGACCCGUGAUCUAAGUUAUAAUACUUCUUAGAACCAUGUUGAGUUUCUGCACCAAAUUUCACUAAUCCUACACUCCAACACAUUCUCUCUUAUCCAGACACACUGGCAGUGCAAUCCUAUGCAUGUUUAUCCAGAAGUAAACCCCACUAAGUGGGACUUACUCUCAGAUAAUUGUUAAAACCUCAGAAGAAAAAUCAUGCAGUUCCUCUUGCUAUCACAUGUUCACAGAUUAAAUCGGAUGUUUGUGUUUCAAUUUUUUCUGAUUAGGUUUUUUUCUUUUUGGUCAGGUUUAAUGCAGCAUAGGAAAACUGCAAACAAAAAACAUUCAGGCUGUAUUAUGACUGUCUCAUAUUAUUACAGUGUUCGUUUGCUUCUUUAAAAAGCCUUUAUCUCACAUGGUGAAAUCUAGUUAUGGUGUUCUGCUUGCAAACAGGACCUGCCCUUCCUCUCCUCCACCCUGCAGCCCCCAUGCACCUCUGAAACCUGUUCGUGAGGCGGGGGGACCCUCUGAAACAGAUCGAGGCCUGAGGGCUGCAAAGGAAGAGGGAGAAGGCAAGUCCCAUCACAUCCAUUGAUGCUAUUUAUUUAAAAAUAAUACAAGAAUGCCUUUACAAAACUGAUAAAAGGAAAAUCUCAAGUGACUUUGCACCACAUACUUUUCUUAAAAACAAAACAAACCCCCACUUUUCUUCAAUAACUCAAAAGUACUUGCUUUAGAAUGAAUGCAAUAUUUUCAACGCAAACUGGGUGAUUCAUCACCACCACCUUUAUGGAUCUUCCGAGGUCACAAUUGUAAGCUUCUGAGACAUUUCACUUUGUUAGAUCCAAGGCUGUGUGGCAGUUGCUUAAGUUACCGUACUUUGUUUGGAAGCAUGAAGCCUUUAAGAACAGGGCUCUGGGAGACUAAUGAACACUUUUUGGAAAUACUUGCUUUUUGGCAAACCUACAAGUUACGUGUGGGAGUAGAGAGAGCAGACAGGCAGCCAGUCAGGUGGUGCUCAUGUGCAAACCAUAGAAUCGUAGAAUUGGAAGGGAACCCAAGGGUCAUCUAGCGCAACCCCCUGCAAUGCAGGAAUCUCAACAAAAGCAUCCAUGACAGAUGGCCAUUCAACCUCUGCUAAAAACAUUAAAAACCUCCAAGAAAGGAGAAUCCUCUUGUGGGAGUCCAUUCCACUUCUAAACAGUUCUUACUGUCAGAAUUUUCUUCAUUAUAUUUAGUUGGAAUCUCCUUUCUUGUAACUUGAAUCCAUUGGUUCAGGUCCUAGCCUCUGAAGCAGGAAGAAAACCAAGCUUGCUCCAUCCUCCUUGUGACAGCCCUUCAGAUAUUUGAAGAUGGCUAUCAUAUCUCCUCUGAGUUUGCUCUUUACCACGCUAAACAUACCAGCUCUCUCAAGGCUUGGUUUACAGACCCUUAAUCAUCUUGGUCGCCUUCUCUGCAUGCCAAAGCACCAUCAGUUCACACAACCAACAACCUACUCUUUCUAGUCAGCAACAAAACUUACUGGAAGGUAUUCAACAUUCUCUCCCAAUGAGGAACCCAAUGAAGGUAAUAGACAUGACUAACUUUUGUUCAUUUCUUCACUUCAGUGGGUUUACUCUGAGUAGGACUUAGCUGCAUUCAACCUUGAGCAGUCACUGAUAGCCACCAAACACAAAUGUCAUUAAGUAAGCCCUUUAAACUAACAGCUGUACUUGAGGAAACAUCAUUUUGCAUAUCUAGAGGAUGAUCGUAAGAGUAUCUGACACAUUCUACCAAAUGAUUCUGAAGACGUCCUGAUCAGUUUUCAAAAGUGGACUAUUUCUGGGGUUCCUACCUCCUGUUUCACAGUAUUUUUAAAUCUCUUUAAAAACUACCAGCUUUUUCUGUGCAUUUCUCAUGAAUAUUAAACCUAUUAGUUAUAACUAGCAUGUAUUUGACAGAACACAGAACACUUUUCUGUUAUUUAACUUCUACUUUCCCCUGUUUUGAUUAAGGCUGCAGUACUAUACAAACUUACCAAAGAGCAACUGUCAUUGAACUCAAUGUAUCUUAUAUCUGAAAAGGCAUGUGUAGGAUUGAACUGUAAAAUAUUGGGUAAUAGCCAACAAACUCAUACUCUACAAAGUAAACCCAUCACCCACAGAUUAGAAUAAGGAAAGCUCCUCGUCUCUAGUUUAGAAACAGAAAAGCUUCCUGAACUUACCGUAUUUUUUGCACCAUAAAACUCACUUUUUUCCUCCUAGAAAGUAAGGGGAAAUGUCUGUGCGUGUUAUGGAGUGAAUGCCUGCGGGUGGCGGGCGGGAUCUGCUGCAGUCGUGAGCAGAGGAUCCAUGGUUCCCCUUCCUUCCCUCCUCCGUGGUUAUAAAGCAUGGAUCCACAUGGAUCCUCAGGAUUUUUGCAUUGGGCUACUCCAAACUCACUGUCAGAUCACAUGUCUGUGGCCACAGCAUGAACCACAAAAAUCAUAUAUCCACUAUUUCGUUUAGAAUAUUUUUUUUCUUGUUUUCCUCCUCUAAAAACUACGUGCGUGUUAUGGUCUGGAGUGUGUUAUGGAGCGAAAAAUACGGUAAUUUGUUGGUAAGCAAAUUGCCUGGAGAAACAUCAUGUGGUUAUGCAACAUACCAGCAAAGUUAUACUGUAUUGAAUUUACAGGGUUCAGUCACAGUUCAUUAGCUGACAAGCAGCUUUUAAUCUUUUAAUGUGUGCCUGCAUGUUAAAAAAACCUAAACAUUACAUUUGAGACAUAUAGUAGUUCCUGGCAAGUUGGGGGUUGGUUUUCUUUAAAAUGUAAUUAAAUAUAUCUUUGCACCUAUGCCAUUUGAGCCAGUUAAAUAAACAUGAUUACUUAUUUCAAAAGGGAUUAGAUUUUAUAAUGGGCUAGAUAAAGGUGUAGAAAAUACCUUGCCAUAAUAGAAAUGGGGGUUUUUUUGUUUGUUUUUAAAAAUAAACCUAGUUAUCCAAGUUUCCAAGGAAAGUUCAAAUCAUGUAAUAGGACAAAGUACAGAAACAAGAAGUAGAAAAAAAAUAUAAGAUUGGGAAUAGGAAACAGAGGUUGUGAAUAGGAAGCAGGUCUGUAUUCUGUUAAUGCUAUUUAUUCUAUGAUAAAUGAAAUAAUGUGUGUACAAUUGAAUUAGAAAACACAUAAUGGAAAAAGGUAAUGUGUAAGUGCACUUUCUCAUAAUUCACUGCCAUAAUAUGACUAUAUGAACCUAAUGGUGGUAUCCAAUGGUGUCUGCCCACUGAUGGAAGGAGUCCAGCAACGGAAAUGGUAACAGGGAGGCAAUUUUCUGCAAUUCCCUAUCUAUCUCUGUAGCAGGCAAACAAUUCAUGGACAAACUGGAUGUGUCUGCUACAAUUCUAGAAUUACGCUAUUAAAAUAAUUUAGAAUGGAUUGCAAUGCUAAAAUAAAUUGCAAAUGUUUAAGGGUUUAGUCCUAAACUUGUAUAAACCUGGCCCAUGAAAAAGAUUGCUAGCAUAUUGCUAUUAAUUAAUUCAUCCUGUAAGUUUAAGAAAUGCUGAUCCAAUAUACACAGAGCAUUUUUCACCUUAUUGUUUAAUAUGAAAGUAUAUUAUUGUGACCUUACUACAGAUAUACAGAAAUGGGGUUUUGUUCUAGUAAUGUUAAUUUGUGCUUGAUGUAGAGUAUACCGUAUAUGCAUGUAACUUGCACUGGUAUUCAACAUCUAUUUAAUCUUGUGAAUUGCCCUGUGAUCUUUGGAUGAAGGGCAGUACAUAAAUUUAAUUAAUAAAUAAGUAAUUUGUGCUUGGUAGCAGCAUCACAAUUUAUCAAAUAUCAGAAUAUCCAUGUUGAGUUUGAGCAGUACUUUCAAUAAAUCUCAUGAAAAUCAAUUGUGGGGGGGGGGGAGGUUUCUGCAGCAAGUACCUUGAGAUCUGUUCUUCCUCUGACUUCACUGUUUGAUUUAAGUAAAGGAAAAUGGCACAAGAAUUAUAUAACCAUAUUUUUAUUACAUUUCAGAAGUCUUUUUAUUAAAAAAAACCAAAAACCUGUGUCAGGUGGGCAAUUAACACUAGGAAAACAUCAUAGCUGAAAUGUUCCAUUGAGGUAUACAGAUCUCUAUAUAUGAAAAGGAACUUGUGUUAAAAGUUGCCAUGCUUUAUUUUGUGAGCUGUGCAGGCAGAAACAUUUUUCUGUGUUUAUAAAAAUAUUCCUGGUACAAUUAAAGUGUUGUUGUGCCAGAAAAUUGUAACAAUUGGAUAAAGAUUCUAGGAAGAAAUGGCUGAAACAUUUAUGUUAUCUCUUGUUGGACAAAAGUGAUUCUAAUUCAGUACUGGAGGAGACAGCUGUACAGCUGUAAAUUGUUAAACUCUACUGUUAGAUGUAAACCAUUUAAAUUAGAUUGCAGCAAAUUACUGAAUUGGGAUUUGCUUGUACAAGUGAUAGUGCAAGCAAUUCAGCAGAACACUUCUCUGUCUCCCCCCACCCCAUGCUGUCUAUCGAUUAAAAAACUCUUCAAAGCAUACAAGCCCCAUCCAGAGAAGUAAAUCUUUCUUCAAUCCUUUUAAAACCAUUGGAACUAAAGUCAGUUGGAACUAGCAUGUCUUGUGAAUUUCAACCUGGUCUGAGUGCAACUCAAUUUCUCUGGACGAGGUCAAUGCUAUUUACCAUCAGCAGUAUGUUGAUUUCUGUACUGUGCCACAUUUGAUUUCCCAGAGCAUACUCUACUUAUGCUGACAGGAGUUCUGUUUAGAUUUUUUGUUCUGAAUGAAGCCAUAAUAAAUUAUUAGCUUGCAAAUUCAACUCCCAGGAACUGGGCUCCCCUUUGUUUGCAUUAUGUCAAUUAUGCAGUUGGCACAUGCCUCAAAAUAACAAAUAGUCAACACAGACAAGACCACUAAAUCAAUAUUUCUCACAAGCUCAGAAUAAUUUGGCAUUCUCUCUAUAUAUUAUGGGCUUCUGUUGAUUAACUGCUAGAUUAUUUUGUACUCUGGGAAACUGCUUAAUGUGUCCUGUUUUAAUGUGUCUGUUCAUGGAUUUCAUGAGUAACUUGAGAAUCUUGGGUAUUUCCUCAAAAUAAUGCAAGAGCAUUCAAGGUCUUGCUAAUCAGAAUAUGCAUUCCUGGGGAUGAAAACAUGUUUCAUACAGCUGCUUCUCAGAAAAAUGAAUAUAAAUAUAUAUAUAUAUAAAAUACAGUACAGAGAGAAACUAUGGUAAGGUAAUUUAUACGAGCUAUGAAGCUCAUCAGUGUUAUGAUCUGCAGUGAUGCCCACCACUAGGGAGGAGUGAUGCCCCCCCCCCAAAGGGAAGGUCAGUAGUUCCUGGUUGCCCGGGCAGGCAGGAUGGCAAAGCUUGGCAAAGUCUGUCCCUUGGAGGAAGAAAGAAGGUGUGGUUCAGGACCACAAAUAGUGCUCCUGUAGCUGAGGGUGGCAAAACGUUGAACUUGUUCUGGAGCAGCUAGUUGAGUUUUAUAGUAAUACUAGGUAGUCAUUAACUAGAAGCCCCAACUCUGAGUGCUGCACCCUGGUGAGUUAAAUGGCUGGUGUAUUCUUCAGACAUAGGUUCCUUUGAGGUCCUGAGGUACCUGGCUGUGGGGGAUCUCUCCUCAGGGCUCUCUUGAUCCCCUGAGGAGUCUGUGGACUAGCUAUCAGAGUCUGUUGUGGCUCAUCAGGAUCCAAGGGCAUGAGGUUGUGCCUGUGGAUGCACAUGGGAAAGCCCGUGGUGUGGAUCCGUCUCCUUCUCAGAGCUGCAGUUUCCAGAGGUCUCCACCUCUGAAGGGUCCUGGUCUGCGACUAUGACUCAGCCACUCACUGUCUCUCAGUCUAACCAACAUGGCAGGAUCAUUGUGACAUUAAAAUGAAGGCGCAGAGUGAGAAUAAUUUGCACCGCCUUCAGCUCCUCGGAAGAAAGGGAGGAUAUAAACGUAAUAAACAAAAUAAUGGAUAAAUCACAUAGAAGGAAGCAUCUAAGCAGGUGUAAUGAAUCGAAGCUAGACUCUACCUACUUUUGCUUCUGGCCCCUCACUAUUAGCAUGUGGCCCUUGGAAUGUGGCCCAGAAGUGAAUGUGAUACUCAGGCUGAAAAUUUUGCUUCAUAAUACCUGUUGCUGGAAACCACAGGAGUGGAGAGUGUUAUUGUGCUCAAGUCCUGUUUGAGGACUACCAUAGUGAGAACAAGAUGCUGCAGGCUCUUUCAUUCCUAAAAAAAGGUUCUCUGCUCCUGGUCUAGUUUGGCCUUCAAAAUGCGGCUAAGUUUUAACCAUUCUAAACUUUUUGUGUAACGUACAUUGGAUUAAGAGCAUCAGGCAACACUUGUGCAGUGUUUUUCCACUUUGAAUUCUGCUAGUGGUUUAGGUUCCCACCUUAACUAUCAUUCUUUGAUUAGUAUUUGGCUCUUUUGUGAUUGGACCUCUGAGAUGAAUACACUGAAUCUGCAAAAACUGUAAUAAGGAGCCUGUAAAGUAUGAUGAAGGAUGCAAUUAAAACAGACUGUUCUGGAGGCAUUAACCAUUUAUAAUGCUCUUAAAAGCUCCUCUAAGGUUUGGUCCAGUUGCUUAAAAUACCUUGGUGGUCAAAAGGGCUAUUUGCUGAUGCAGUAAGGACAGGUUUAGGUCAUCCCUCUUGAAAUGCACGAAAUAAUGGUGGUGGGGGGAAUCUGAUCUCAUAAGAUUCUAUUUUCAUUAAACUGAGGCUCUGUGAUUUAGAGGCUGGGACUCCCAUCAGCCACAGCCAGCAUGGUCAACAUCUGGAGUAUCUCAGGUUAUCCACCCCUCUUCUAAAAGAUGGCUAGGUAUACACUUCAGGUAUCCUUUGUAACAUAUAUUGACUGGUCCGAACAAUUCUUGAUCUCUUGAAUUGUUGUAUACUUCCUGUGGUGUUUCCCUUUCCAUAAUUAUUUUGUGCAUUGUCUUUUCAAGCAGUUUAUAUUUUACUCCACAUUAUCAAGACGCUUCCGUGCCUUUAUGCUUCUGCUCUACGUCCAAACUAUUUGCAACACAAGCUGAAGCAGAACUGAAGUUGAGCUCACUGUUACACAGAGACUCUGCUUGUGUGAAUAUAAGCCUAGCAACAGCUUGUUCAGAUCGUGCUAUGAAUGGUCUCUUGAGAAGCCCAUAAAAGAAUUAAAACAUAUCACCUGAGAAAUGUGAUGUUGAUAAUUUUCCAUGCUUGAGCUUCUGUUUGCAUUCACCACAGCAAAGGCACUUCUGAAGUGCUGAAUACUCUCAGCAUUCAGAGAGCAAAGUGAUUGAGUGGCUGAGGAAAAAUAAGCUCCAUUGAUUCCCCAUGGAAGAUAAUGAUUGGAUGAUUGGUUUCUUUAACACAGAAAAGCACUGACAUUUAAAACUGCUCUAUUUUCAGGGGUUUUGAUGGUAAUUAUUUCAAAGGCAAAUUGUAAUUUUUGCUUUCCUGCUGUGCCUGCAGCUUGAUGUCAUUUUGCACAGGUGAAUUUUACUCUUAGAACUGAGACACAAAGUCAAAGCCAGUGGGGCUUUACACUUUCAACAGAACAAGAAAAAACCCCUCAGACAUUCAGCAGCUGCUCCUGAAAACUAUAUUUUAAAAGUAUAAGAAGACUGUUGAGGUUCAUGUAAAUUUACAACACUGUUUAUAUAAAAGUGAGCUCUUAAAAUUUAAUUCAUUUACUAUACUAUCCUGAUGCUCUUCCAAAGCAGGCAGAGUGUCUUAGAUAUUGUUUCCAACUACCACCCUGGCAGAAAAUAGGGCCAGAAACCUGCUGGACUCCAACAGCUGACUUGUUUUCAUAGAACCAUAGAAUUGUAGAGUUGGAAGGGACCACAAGGGCCAUCAGGUCCAACCCCCCUGGGUUUCACCCAAUGUGCUUUACAUGCCUUCAGACUAUGGGGGAGGGGCUCCCUUUGGAAAAUUCCACUCACUUUUUUCACAUGCCCUGUAGAUUAGAACUGCCAUUAUUUAUUGGGUUGGAUCCAGUCUUUGCUUCUGCUAAUAGAGCAGGGUGGAGCAGAGGGAAGGCAAUUCUCCCCCUCCUUAAAAAACAAAAAAGGUCACUGGGGGCUGCAGGCGGAAGGUGGAUAUCUGCAAAAGUCACAUCUACUCUUAUUUGCUUAUUCACUUAUUCACUUCCAUGGGCAGAAAGAGCCCCUUGGUCCAAGGAAGAUAAAGUCUGGAUUGAAGCCAUUGUGCUUCUUUUUAAUAUUUACUUAACCACCUCACGCUGGGACAGAUAAGAACAAUUAAACAAUAGUAUUGAAGGUUGUGUACAACACUGGGACCAAGUUAUUGUUGUUACCAUUAACUUAAGGAUGACCUGUAAAUGUUGCCCACUUUGGCAGAUUUUAGCUUGCUUAAAUACAUACAUACAUACAUACAUACAGUUACUUAUGUUGUCAGAUAAGAGAGAACCAGUGUGGAGUAGUGUUAGAAUGUCAUACCAGGACAUGGAAGACCAGGGUUCAGAUCCCCACCCAUCCAUGAAGCUCACUGGGUGACCCUGGGCCAGUCACUGCUUCCCAGCUUAACCUACCCCACAGGGUGAUUGUAGGGAUUAAAUAAGAAGAGGGAGAACCAUAUUUGCCACCUUCAGUCAGCUUCCUAUACUUUGGAUUCUUCUGUUACUUGGGAACAAGCCUCAUUGAACUUGCUGAACCUUGCUUCUCUGAGUAAUCAUGCACAGGAUUCAACAGUGAAAAUACUAUACAAAUGAAUAAUAAUAUUGUAUUGAAUAAAGGCCUGUACUUAGCCAUGGAAAUACAUAGUUUGAGCUAAGCAAACUUUUUUGUGGCUUAAUAUCAAAACAGUUGUAUAAAUGCUCCUUUCUAUGUUUAUACUUUCCCUUCCUCUUUAUUCUUUCUCUUGGACAGAUCAGUAACAUCAUGA